UCAUCAAAGGUCCUUUAGCAUUCAGCGUCUGCUUUGCGUCCCAACGUCAUGCUGGGUGCGACUUCUCUGUGAGUGUACGGGAGCCGGGUCGGGGAGAUUCCCCCUGUAGGAGGUUACAGAUAAUGAAAUGAUCCGUGCUCUAUGGAUGAUGCCUAGAGGUUCUGGAUAGGCUACAAAAGCUAAGGUUUAAGGAUGUGUGAGAGAAGUGGGAUGCUCCACUUUGAGCUGGAUAAUCAUGGCGACUCCAUGCUGGGGAGGAUGAAUGCGCUGAGAGAGCAGAACAAGUUCUGUGAUGUUACUGUGCAGAUUGAUGAUGUGGAGGUACCGGGGCACAAGGUGGUCUUUGCAGCCGGCUCACCUUAUUUACGGGACCAGUUUCUGUUAAGUGAUGCCCAGGAGGUGCACAUCUCCAUUCUGCAGAACUCGGAAGCUGGGAAACAUCUUCUUCUGUCUUGUUACACUGGUAUCCUGGAAUUCCCGGAGAUGGAGCUGGUGAACUACCUGACGGCUGCCAGCUUCCUGCAGAUGAGCCAUGUCGUAGAGAGAUGCACACAGGCCUUGUGGAAAUUUAUUAAACCCAGACAAGUGCCAGGGGGCAAAACUGAGGAGGAAGAAGAAGAAGCUAAUGGAGCACCAGAGAUUGUGGAACCGGAGGAGGAAAUGGAAGAUACUCUGCAACCCGAUUCCCCAGUAGCCACCAACUCUGAUGAUAGUUCAGAUAAUGAUGACAUCCAGAUUGUUAAGGUCGAGUCUAUGGUUGAUAUGUCCAGUGAUAAAGCCAAAGUGAGCCAAAGCCAGUUCAUGUCUUCAGAGCAAACGUCUCUGCACUCCCUGGAGCCUCAACACUCACUUAUAAAUUCCACUGUAGAAAACAGAGCUGUAGAGACUGACAACAAUCCUGUCCACAACUAUACAGUGUCUGACAACAGCAGUGACAAUAUGGGAACGUCACCUAAAGAACUAUUUGGUCCCAGCAACAGGAUUUUGGACAAAACACUACAGUGGCAUCACCAGUGUCCAAAAUGUACUCGAGUAUUUCGCCAUUUGGAAAACUACGCCAACCACUUAAAAAUGCACAAGCUGUUUAUGUGUCUAUUAUGUGGAAAAACAUUUACACAGAAGGGCAACCUGCAUAGGCACAUGCGGGUCCAUGCAGGCAUCAAACCUUUUCAGUGUAAGAUAUGUGGCAAAACUUUCUCUCAGAAAUGUUCCUUACAGGACCACCUGAACCUGCAUAGCGGAGACAAGCCUCACAAGUGCAACUACUGCGACAUGGUUUUUGCGCACAAACCUGUUCUACGGAAACAUCUAAAGCAGCUGCACGGUAAAAACAGCUUUGACAAUGCCCAUGAGCGGAGCAGCCAGGAUGUCAGUCUGGACUAUGAUUCAUUUGCUGGCGCCCAUGAUGGCAGUGAAAUGAUAACGCAGAGUCUACAUAAGUGAAACACAAGGACGCGUUAUCAGGAUUGAGCUUUCAAUGCACAGUAAUAGACUCCUGGAGUAGGGAUAGAUUGUUCUAGACAGUUCAGAUGUGGAGUAAACAUAGAUGAACAUCAGUCAUGUAUAUGGUACUCGCUUUUUAGAAAACUACCCAUUCAGAUCUUGUAAAACUAUAUUAGUGGGUUUUUAACAUGAACGGUUUUGUUCACCAAACAUGGCAUU